GCUCCCAGAGCGCGUCCCGGCCAUGGCCCGAGCCCGCCGGCCGCCGCCACCGCCGCCGGGGCUCCUGCUGCUGCUUUCGCUGCUGCUGCCGCUGCUGCUGCUGCUACCCACCAGCUGCCAGGCGCUGGAAGAGACCCUCAUGGACACAAAAUGGGUGACAUCUGAGUUGGCGUGGACAUCUCAUCCAGAAAGCGGGUGGGAAGAGGUGAGCGGCUAUGAUGAGGCCAUGAACCCCAUCCGCACGUACCAGGUGUGUAACGUGCGCGAGUCCAGCCAGAACAACUGGCUCCGCACGGGGUUCAUCUGGAGGAGGGACGUACAGCGCGUCUACGUGGAGCUCAAGUUCACGGUGCGUGACUGCAACAGCAUCCCCAACAUCCCUGGCUCCUGCAAGGAGACCUUCAACCUCUUCUAUUACGAAGCCGACAGUGACGUGGCCUCAGCCUCCAGCCCCUUCUGGAUGGAGAACCCGUAUGUGAAGGUGGACACCAUUGCGCCCGAUGAGAGCUUCUCUCGGCUUGAUGCUGGCCGCGUCAACACCAAGGUGCGCAGCUUCGGACCACUCUCCAAGGCCGGCUUUUACCUGGCCUUCCAGGACCAGGGCGCCUGCAUGUCCCUCAUCUCCGUGCGUGCCUUCUACAAGAAGUGUGCCUCCACCAUCGCGGGCUUUGCACUCUUCCCUGAGACCCUCACCGGGGCCGAGCCCACCUCGCUGGUCAUUGCCCCUGGCACCUGUGUCCCUAAUGCUGUGGAGGUCUCAGUGCCCCUUAAGCUGUACUGCAAUGGAGACGGGGAGUGGAUGGUGCCAGUAGGUGCCUGCACGUGUGCCACCGGCCAUGAGCCAGCUGCCAAGGAGACCCAGUGCCGCCCCUGUCCCCCUGGGAGCUACAAGGCAAAGCAAGGGGAGGGGCCCUGCCUUCCAUGUCCCCCCAACAGCCGCACCACCUCACCAGCUGCCAGCAUCUGCACCUGCCACAAUAACUUCUACCGAGCAGACUCGGACUCUGCAGACAGUGCCUGUACCACGGUGCCAUCGCCCCCUCGGGGUGUGAUCUCCAACGUGAAUGAGACCUCCCUGAUUCUUGAGUGGAGUGAGCCCCGGGACCUGGGUGGCCGGGAUGACCUCCUGUACAACGUCAUCUGCAAGAAGUGCCGGGGGAGCCCUGGGACCGGGGGCGCCUCAGCCUGCUCACGCUGUGAUGACAACGUGGAGUUUGUCCCGCGGCAGCUGGGCCUGACGGAGCGCCGGGUCCAUAUCAGCCACCUGCUGGCCCAUACACGCUAUACCUUUGAGGUGCAGGCAGUCAACGGCGUCUCUGGCAAGAGCCCCCUGCCCCCUCGCUACGCAGCUGUGAACAUCACCACCAACCAGGCUGCCCCCUCCGAAGUGCCUACACUCCACCUGCAUAGCAGCUCGGGCAGCAGCCUCACCCUGUCCUGGGCUCCCCCAGAGCGGCCCAACGGUGUCAUCCUGGACUACGAGAUGAAGUACUUUGAGAAGAGUGAGGGCAUCGCCUCCACAGUGACCAGCCAGAAGAACUCAGUCCAGCUGGACGGGCUGCGGCCUGACGCUCGCUAUGUGGUUCAGGUCCGGGCCCGCACCGUGGCUGGCUAUGGACAGUACAGCCACCCAGCUGAGUUUGAGACCACAAGUGAAAGAGGCUCUGGUGCCCAUCAGCUCCAGGAACAGCUGCCCCUCAUCGUGGGCUCAGCCACAGCUGGGCUUGUCUUUUUGGCUGCCAUUGUGGUCAUCGCUGUCAUCUGCCUCAGGAGACAACGCCACAGCUCCGAUUCGGAGUACACCGAGAAGCUGCAGCAAUACAUUGCUCCUGGAAUGAAGGUUUAUAUCGACCCCUUCACCUACGAGGACCCCAAUGAAGCUGUGCGUGAGUUUGCCAAAGAGAUCGACGUGUCCUGUGUCAAGAUCGAAGAGGUGAUUGGUGCUGGGGAGUUCGGAGAAGUGUGCCGUGGUCGGCUUAAACAGCCCGGCCGCCGGGAAGUGUUCGUAGCCAUCAAGACACUGAAGGUGGGCUACACGGAGAGGCAGCGGCGGGACUUCCUGAGUGAGGCCUCCAUCAUGGGUCAGUUUGACCACCCCAACAUCAUCCGCCUGGAGGGCGUGGUCACCAAGAGUCGACCUGUGAUGAUCCUGACUGAGUUCAUGGAGAACUGCGCCCUGGACUCCUUCCUCCGGCUCAACGACGGGCAGUUCACAGUCAUCCAGUUGGUGGGCAUGCUCCGAGGCAUUGCUGCUGGCAUGAAGUACCUGUCUGAGAUGAACUACGUGCACCGGGACCUGGCUGCCCGAAACAUCCUUGUCAACAGCAACCUGGUCUGCAAAGUGUCCGACUUCGGUCUCUCUCGCUUCCUGGAGGAUGACCCCUCUGAUCCCACCUACACCAGCUCCCUGGGUGGGAAGAUCCCCAUUCGCUGGACCGCCCCGGAAGCCAUCGCCUAUCGAAAGUUCACGUCUGCCAGUGAUGUCUGGAGCUACGGAAUUGUCAUGUGGGAAGUCAUGAGCUAUGGAGAGAGGCCCUACUGGGACAUGAGCAACCAGGAUGUCAUUAAUGCUGUGGAGCAGGAUUACCGGCUGCCCCCACCCAUGGACUGUCCCACGGCGCUGCACCAGCUCAUGCUGGACUGCUGGGUGAGGGACCGGAACCUCAGGCCCAAAUUCUCCCAGAUUGUCAACACCCUGGACAAGCUCAUCCGCAACGCUGCCAGCCUCAAGGUCAUCGCCACUGCCCAGUCCGGCAUGUCACAGCCCCUCCUGGACCGCACGGUUCCAGAUUAUACAACUUUCACGACAGUUGGCGACUGGCUGGAUGCCAUCAAGAUGGGGCGAUACAAAGAGAGCUUCAUCAGCGCAGGGUUUGCAUCAUUUGACCUGGUGGCCCAGAUGACUGCAGAAGACCUGCUCCGGAUCGGGGUCACCUUGGCAGGCCACCAGAAGAAGAUCCUCAGCAGUAUCCAGGACAUGCGGCUGCAAAUGAACCAGACGCUGCCCGUACAGGUCUGACACCCGCCUCCUGUGGUGGGUGCCCCUCCAAGCACAGCGCAGACUCUGAGCAGCCAGCCGGACUUUUGAUGCCGAGCGUCAGGCUGUGGCCAGAAGAUGGAAGUCUGGGGAGAGUUCCCAAAUAGGGCUCCUCCAGUCCUGUGCUCCCUCCCCAGGAAGUGUGCUCCAAACCUCUUCAUAUUGAAGAUGGAUUAGGAGAGGGAGUGAUGACCCCUCCCCAGACCUUUGGGGCCCAGGUCUUCCUGCUUUCCAGUGGGGGAUCCCCACAACCUCAGACUUGGCUAUGCUUCAAUGCUGGAGGUCCUCCUGGGAUCAGUGGAGGGUGAGCCUGGGUUCCACAGGGCCCAGCCCUGGCAGGGGUCUGGCCCCACCAGGUAGGCAGAAAGCAGUCCCUCCCUCAGGAACUGGAGGAGGGGGGGCUCCAAGAAAGGGGAAAUGUGACACCCCUACCCUAAGGCCAGCUGGCACCUCCAGUUUGCACAGGGACUGUUGUUCUGGGGGCUGAGGGCCCUGCCCCCACCCCUGUCCUUGGUGCUGUCGUAAAAGGGCAGGCAGGGGCAGGCUGAGGAGCAGCCCCUUCCCCCCCAGAGACUCUCAGAGCCAGAAAUCGGAUGCGUGUGAGUGUGUGUGUAAGUGUGCAAUGUGUGCACGCACUGGCCUGCACAGAGAGCAUGAAUGAGUGUGUCAAAGCUUGGCCCUGUGCCCCGGAGAGGGCAGCUGGGCCAGCACGGAAUAAAGGCAAUAAGA